CAACCAAUAGGAAGCUUCUCCGUGAGCGCGGCUCUGUUUGUUGUUGCGUCGCUAUCAGAAACAUCCGCGUGUUUAGCGACAAUAACGUGUCGUUUCAGCGCUUUAAACGCACAUCAAUCCGCCCGAAAUGAGUCUGUCUUUCAGGACUGAACUCGCGGCAGACAAAACCAAACGCAAGAAGAGGAGAGAGCUCACGGAGGACCAGAAACAUGAAAUCAAAGAAGCCUUCGAGCUGUUCGACACCGACAAAGAUAAAGAAAUCGAUUACCACGAACUGAAGGUGGCGAUGCGUGCGCUCGGCUUCGAGGUGAAGAAAGUGGACGUCCUGAAGAUCCUUAAAGACUACGACAGAGAGGGAAACGGGAAGAUAUCGUUUGAGGAUUUCAAUGAAGUCGUGACCGAUCGGAUCCUGGACCGGGACCCCAGGGAGGAGGUCUCGAAGGCCUUCAAGCUGUUCGACGACGACGAGUCCGGAAGGAUCGGCCUGAGGAACCUGAGGAGAGUCGCUCGAGAGCUCGGGGAGGACGUGAGCGACGAGGAGCUGCGGAGCAUGAUCCACGAGUUCGAUGCCGACGGGGACGGAGAAAUAAACCUGGAGGAGUUCCACUCCAUCAUGACCGGAGACUCCUGACGAGACGUUGCUGAGCGAAGGUAAACGAAGUGGAGCUGGAAGAGUUUUAUAUUUCACGUUAAAGGACCUUUUUAUGACGCUUUGUUUGUGUCUCCUGAAGAUUGUUGUUGUUGUUGUUGACGACGUCAAUUUCAAAUCUACUCUACUAAAUUCACAUAUUCCCCUCAAAGGUGGAGAAUAUUUCAGGGUUGUGUGAAGUUGUUGUUGUUUACGUUUCCAGAUUUGAUCACUUUGAUCGACUCCAAAAUGACAAACAGGAAGUGAGUCAAUCUCUAACAAACAUUUCAGACUUGUUUGUUUUUUGCAGUUUACGCAACGUGAAUGUUUGAGUGAUAUUUAUUUGGUAUAAAACAAUAAAUCGAUUUGUCCCAAACA